GUCGAUCCCAUUUAUUAUAAAUGUGAGUAUAUUUCUAGAGCAUAGCGUACUUCUAGGCUAGACAUGGCGAGAAUAUAAUUUAUGGACAAACUAAUUAGAUUUACGAUAAGAGGUCUUGGAUUUCGGCACGAAAUUCUUUGAGCAUUUGGCAUUUUAACUGAUGUCAGUUCUUAAUGAAAACCGUCAAUCUAGUUUUUGUCCUUAACCAUCAACUGUAAAUCACAAUCCUUAUCUUUCACACUGGUUUAAAUGCCUGAUUUAGUCCUAGUCGUUAGGUGGGCAUUCUCAAUUGGCCUUAAGGCCACUCAAAGGUCGUUCAUAAAUUAGCCUCACCGCCUUUCCCCUUUUUUCGCUGAAUUUUUAACAAAUUGUCUUUGCCCAAUUUACAGUGGAUUGUCUGCUCCUCACAUACAUUUAUUACACACUACCUACCUUAAUUUUACGCUUAUGCAGAUCGUCUACUCAUUCCAACUUUCUCCAAGCUCAUACAAAAUUAUCUGUUUCCGGCUUAUAUGUCUCUCGUGCUGUCCUCUGUAUCUGUCAGGAAACAAUCUUUUCUACUCAGUGGACUUAGUUUAGAAAUAUUGUACGUGAUUAAUGACGCUUAUAUACUGGAAAUCAAAUUAUAGCUUACAAGGAUGCAAGUUACCACCUAAUCUCCAUAUUUUGGGGUUUUCCACAAAUUCGUGAAAAGUUUGGCAGUUUCCCCAAUGUUUCAAGAGAUUCUCGGGAACAACCCGAAAGUGUUAUAAUAUUCUGGGCAAAUAUUUGGGGAAACCCAAACAUUUUGUGGUUUUCUUGCCAUUUCCCUAGAAUUUUCUACUGCAAUUUUGUCUAAAUUUGCCAAAAGCGGAGAUUUUUCACAAAAUAGGGAGAUUGAGUAGGUGCCUGAUACACCUUGUAAGUACCGAGAUCUGGAAAAAUGUUAAUGGCAGUUAGUGCAUUAUUUAUCAGUAAUUUGUCCUAAUUUUAAAUGUCAUACAAACGAACUACAUGUCUAAUUGUCCCAACGUCUCACAUGUAAGUGAAAUAGAUAUAUACAUAAUUGAUGGUUUAUUAGAAAAUUAUGAUUGCAAUAUAUUUAAUUUCAACGCCAGUAUCACCCAACUGGUACAUUAACGUUGUUAUUCGGACGCAUGGUAACCGUCCUCUGAGUUCCGAAUUUUGAUAGCAAUCAUGGUUGUAGAGUCCCAACCCUUAUAUUAAUGUCACACUUCAAUAUAUUUUUAUCACUAACAACUGAUAAAAUAAAGUCAAACCGUACAGUAAUGUUUGUUAACACAACACUACACCUAGAGGAUAGCAGUAGGUUGUCAUUUCAAAUUAUAACUUACACUACCUUUCCUCCUUCAACGACGCUUUUGAAGUUUAUCACUCAUUUCGCGCCAUAACGUUUGCUUUACGAUCAAGAAUAAAAAAGCCAGCUUUGUUUCGUAUGCCGCCGUAAAGUUUACACUUCUGAAGGGCUGUUCUAGCUUUAGUGCCAAGUAAUAUAAAGUGGCUGUCUACCUCGGGUUUCAUAACAAGAUUUGGCGCAUGGAAGUUAUGCGGUUAUUAUCCGGCAAUCGCAACACCAUCGCCCCCAAGCUCUCAACUUUGGGGUAUUUUGGGGAAACCCGCAAAGUCAAGUGACCUUUACCAAGGUUAAAGGGGAAUUAUUGGGAAAUUUCCUCAGGUCUGGGGAAAUUUCGGGGUUUUAGUGCCAUUUCCCCAAAGUUUACUGUAGCGGCUUCCCCGAAAUUGGGAACUCGAGCCUUGGUAAUGUUAGAUAAUGAUAAAAAUAUUAGUGAACCUACAAAUUUGUUCCUCGCGCUUUUCUGAAGACAUGGAUUCAUGGUCUUCACUUCUGGUUGAGGGAAGAAAAUACUAACUUAAUAAUCCAAUACUGAAUCUGUAUGGAUUAUUACGUGCAUCAGACUUAGACCGUUACACUCAAGCCUAGUUUUGCUGGUGCCAUGUUAUGCAAAGCAGUGUGUAGUUUCACAAUUCUAGAACUGGUUUAAAUUGAAAAUACUACUUAGCUGCGAUCCUACUGUCAACAGUUGCUGACGCGUAAGUUGAAGGCGACUUUCGUUGAACUUAUACGUUGACAGAUAUGACGUACCAAUUUUGCAUUCAGUGGUAUUUGUGUGUCCAACGACCUGACACCCGAUUAUUGGACGCAACUGUUUCCAGCCUGUAUUUCAGCAAUAUCUCUAUCAACGAAAUUUUGCAGGUAAUCUUGUUUCCGUUUCUGUCUCUGCAAAACAUUGACAUGAUUAUUGUAGCCGGAGAAUUUUCUGGACGAUAUCAUUAAGUCCUUGGCGGUCUGUACGCCGUCUAUAAAAAACACAUGUAUGUUUGUUACCACAGUAGUGAUUAACCUCAGUCUUAGUGAUCGACCACUCGUCAUAUAGUUGAGCACCGUUGUUCAUGUCCAUAUCCAUCGAGUUAGCAGGAUACAUGGAUAGUUCGUUACUGAUAAGCCACUUGAUUACUAUAUUAACUACCUAAUUUUGACAGUUGCAGACUGUAGUCGUAGGCCUAUGAAUAUUUCAAAUUCUCCUUCUAGUUCAAAUUAAUGUGUGGGUAAGCAAGAUGAAAAUUUACUACCGUAAAUAUGGAAAAUUCACCUAGGUCAAUUAAAGAUUUACAUUCUAGUAAUCCGUUAUCCUCAUUAUCAGUAAGUAGUCUGGGUUUAUUGGGGACCUGCUUUUGUAUAGAAAGUUAUUCUAGUGCAAACAAGCCGAGAUUUUUCAACCUCUUCUUCAUUGAUAAAGAGGUUUCAGAUUAAUUUGGGAGUCUAUAGACUAAACCUAACCUCCAUGUGUAUAAGGCUUCCAUAUUGUUAAGGUUUGUUUUCCGCUGUUUUUAUUAGUAUAAUGUAACAGUUACAAAUGUCAGUAUGAUUAUUUUAUUUUCCAGUGUAAUCAUGGAAUCCUUAAAAAUGAAUGAUGGUCGUUCUAUUCCAGUCAUUGGUCUCGGAACAUGGAAUAGUCCACCAGGUGAAGUUGGAGCGGCCGUGAAGAAAGCUUUAGAAGUCGGUUAUCGACAUGUGGACUGUGCUCAUGUUUACAGAAAUGAAGCAGAAAUAGGUGAAGCACUGGAAAGUGCAUUAAAGAGUCUAAAAUUAAACAGAGACGAUGUUUUUGUUACUUCAAAGCUGUGGAAUACUUUCUUCCGCCCUGAGCAUGUCAGGAAAGCCUGCGAAGAAACUUUAAAGAAUUUGCGUCUUAAAUAUCUUGAUUUGUACUUAAUUCACUGGCCUGUUCCAUUCCAAUAUGGUGAAUCUCUUUUUCCCACUGAUUCGAACGGAAAUUUCUGUUUAGAUGAAGUACCACAUGAAGAAACUUGGAAGGAAAUGGAAAAACUGGUUGAUGAUGGUUUAGUCAGAUCUAUUGGUAUAUCAAAUUUCAACAAACGUCAGAUUGAAAAUAUUCUUAAACAUUGCCGUAUUAAACCAUCCAAUUUACAAAUUGAAAUUCAUGCUAAUUUUCCUAACACACAAUUAGUUGAAUAUGCGCAGUCGAUUGGUUUAACUGUAACUGCUUAUGCUCCGCUUGGGUCACCUGCUGCUUCACCAGGAAGAGUUGAUUUACUCAUGGAACCUUGGGUUUUACAAAUCGCUAAACAUCACGGUAAAACACCGGCCCAAGUUCUCUUGCGUUAUUUAAUUCAAAGAAACUUGAUAGUGGUUCCAAAGUCCGUAACACCAAAACGAAUUGAAGAAAACUUUCGGGUAUUUGAUUUCCAACUUUCGAAGGAGGAAAUGCAUGAAUUAAAUACGAAAGGUUUAAAUGAACGUCAAUUCAAAUUGUUGAAAAUGGCUGGUCAUUCGGAAUAUCCAUUCAAAGACGCUUAUUGA